AUGUUGUCAUUAAUCAGAGCUAGUGCCUCCAGAAAGCCACUCUCUUUGUCUCUCUGUUUCCUCUCCAAGCACAACUUCCAGCUCAAGACAUUCCCUACCCCCAAUGAGAAUGCGUUAAAGUUCGUCCCAGAUGACAAAAAGAUUCACUUCCUUGAAAACUCUCCUUCCAAGCAAACAGUUGAGUUCAACUCUGCCCUUCAGGCUACCCACUCCCCCUUGGCGUUGAAGAUCUUUGACAUCAAGGGUGUGAGGUCCAUCAUGAUCGGCGACGAAUUUAUCACCGUGAACAAGAACGAUGCUUUCAACUGGAUGGAUAUCAAGAUCGAUAUCGCUGAAGAAAUCAUCAACCAUAUCAAGCACCUCCAGCAGCCUGUCGUGGACGUCAAACACUACGAGCAGACCGCUGCGGAAAACACUACGAAGUUUGGAAUUAAGGAAGCCAAGACCGAAGAAGAAGAGGAAAUCGUUGCCAUGAUCGAAGAAUUGAUCGAAACCAGAAUCAGACCCGCCAUCCAGGAUGAUGGUGGUGACGUUGAGUUUAGAGGCUUCAACUUUGACAACGGAACCGUCUACUUGAAAUUGCAGGGUGCGUGUAAGACUUGUUCUUCCUCCGAAGAUACCUUGAAGAACGGUAUCGAGUCCAUGUUGAUGCAUUAUAUCGACGAAGUCCAGAACGUUGAGCAAAUAUUGGAUCCGGAAGAGAUUAUUGCUAUAAAGGAGUUUGAAAAGUUGGAACUGCAGUUGAGCUCCAAGAAAAGCCAGCCGGUGGAGGAUGACAUACCCCCUGCCAUGUAA